AGAGAUAGUGGGGGAAAAAAGGGAAAGAAAAAAGAGUGGCAGAAAAAAUAAGGGAAAUUUGGAAUAAUCAACUUUCUUUGUUUCUCCGCAAAGUAGAGAACGUCUCUUUUCUCCGCCUCAGCUUCCUUCUUCCGCGCUCCUCUCUCUCUCUCUCUCUAUCUUGGACGCGUGAGAUUACAAUCUGGCUAAACACAGGUUUGUCUCUAUUGUACCUGCGUAGGAUUCAGCUUUCUAGCUUGGCCAAGAUUUUCAAUCACUCUGGCAGCGGCAACCCAGUCAAAGUUUUCUCGCACCUCCGAGCGGGUGUGGGGUACUAGUGACCGGGUGAUAUUACUGAGUGUUCUGCGAAGGUCAAGAUCAUCUCAUGUUUGGAGAUUAUGCCGUAUUUCUGAGGGUUUAUCUGUUGAUUAUGGCUAAGGUUACCCAUUUGCUAUGUCCAUGAAUUGUACUAGUGGGCUCUUGGAGUAAAGUUGAAUUCGACUAUGUAAAUUGUUAAUUAUCCAUAGUUCUCUGUGAAAAUUUGAUAGCUUGUUCAGUAUAGAUAUUCUUUGUGCUGCUAGCUCAUUAGUGUUCUCUAAUGGGUCGUUUCUCAUGCUUCUAUGGUCAAGUUCACAGUCACAAGCAAAAGAAAUCAGCCCACCUGUCGUUUGAGACAAUGGUCAAGAUGCUGCAACCUGGCUCUCAGAAUCAUGCAUCAGUGAAUUCCGUCAUUCCCUUAGCUAUGCAUGAACUCGAUAUGGUGAAAAAUGAAGCUAAUAACUUGGGAAAUGGGACUGAGCAUCAUACUUUGGCCUCACGUAGUUGGAAAUCUGGAGAAAUUAAAUGUGAAUAUGAUGGUGAGAGCAAUGCAGACUCUGCGCACUUUGAUAUAGGAAAUUUCAGAAGAAGUCUCUCAGUUGGUUGUGAAUUGGAUCAGAAGGUAAGAACUUCCGGUGGCAGUAAUGAUGACGACUGCCUUGAUCAGGAAUUCUCUUAUGAUGGUUCAAAUGAUUGUGUUGAGACUUUUGAAGUGUUACCUACAAAUGACGCCAAGAGUCCAGGAACCUCCUUGCCUGAUCAGGAUCGAAAAGCUCAGCAUUCUGUGUGUCCCCAUUUAAGUUCUGAACCUGUGAACCAUGAGUUGGUCUCUGUUGCUGAUAACUCACAUUAUUUGAAGAAGGAAGGCCAUGCGGAUUUUCAUCUUUCAUUGUAUACCGAGGGUCCUGAUGGUUCUGGUUGUAAUACACCUACUCAAUCCUGCAUUUCUAAAUCCUACUCAUUGCCCAAUUUCGGGUCCAUGUCUCCAACUUCUCCUGGUUUUUCUGCCCAUGCCAUAUUGACUCCUCGCAACAGAUCUUUUGAGGAUCUGAAUGUGCUCUCUGUCCAAAAGGAAAAUUCAUCAGCACAUGCUGUAGAAACUGCUGGACCAAAUAAGAUUGACAGCUUUGACCAUCAUGAAAAAUUUGAUGGGGAAAUUGCUGUAUUGGAUAAUUAUGAUUCUUAUAAUUACGGUUGUUCAAGCAAAGACUGGAUAGUGCCAACGCCAGAUGAGAUUGGUAUCAUGAGACAUGGCCAGGGGAACUUCCAAUGUGACCGUUGGGAUGACUUUGCUAAUAAGGAUUUCAAAAUCAAACUGAUUGAGGAUUGGGUUAUUGAUCUUCAGCACUGCAACCCUGUGGAAGAGAUCCAUGAAGUAGCUGAUCCUGGUAAUGAGGUGAAGGGAGGUUCUGCACUUUUGGAUGGUCCGGGAAAGGUGGAGAUGAGAGUAAACCCAGGCAUGGAGGCAGCAAAAAGAUACAUAUCUUCUUUAAAUGCCAAUGCUACCUCUGCGCAGCUGGCAAAUCAUGGUUUGGUUGCAAUUCCACUUCUCAGUGCAUUUGUUAGCUUGAAGGUCCUAAAUUUAUCUGGGAAUUCUAUAGUGAGAAUAACUGCUGGUGCUCUUCCUCGAGGACUACAUAUGUUGAACUUAUCCAAAAACAAGAUAUCGACCAUUGAAGGCUUAAGAGAGCUCACAAGACUUCGCUUAUUAGACCUGAGCUACAACAAAAUUGCCAGAAUUGGGCAUGGUCUUGCAUCAUGUUCCACUUUGAAGGAACUAUACUUGGCUGGAAAUAAAAUCAGUGAAGUGGAAGGUCUACACAGGCUUUUAAAGUUAACCGUUCUUGAUUUGCGUUUCAACAAAAUCGCUACUUCCAAAUGUCUAGGCCAGCUUGCUGCCAACUAUAAUUCCAUGCAAGCAAUCAGUUUGGAAGGAAACCCAGCCCAGAAAAAUGUUGGGGAUGAGCAACUGAAGAAAUAUUUACUGGGUCUACUUCCUCAUUUGGCUUAUUACAACCGGCAGCAUACAAAAACCAGCACCCUGAAAGACUCCUCAGAUAGGUCUGUUCGACUGGGUAUUUCAGAUAGGGGGCUUAGAUCUGAUCACAAGUCCUCUUCACGUCGGGGAAGUGGUGCUCCCAAGCGAUCGUCACAUUCUUCUACACAUGGGCAGAAGGGUCAAACAUCAGACUCUAUAAAGCAAUCUAAAGGGAAACAUUUGCUUGUACCACCACGUGGGGCAAAAACGAGCCACCGCCAUCAUCACUUUGAUAUUGGAAACAAGCUCCAGAGCUUAAGAUCUGGUCCCCUUCACAAAAGUCGAAGUGAGGGCACUCUAGCAUUACUUUAAGCUCCCUGUUCUGCUCUUCGGACUUCUAGGAGUGAGGUCAUUUUUUGUUGUGUUUAUGAGACAUUUGUUGUGAUUUCGCUGGGUUAUGUGUUCUCUUGAGAAUGCUGAUAUUUCCGGUAAUACAUGUACAAGAGAAUAAAAUGCCGUAGCUACUUUGCCUCGAGGUUUUAAGUUUGUUUCACUGCAUUAAGAGUUGCUUUUUAUCUA